AUGGCCACUCUGCGUAUUCUCGCAUUCGAUCCUGACGGCCGCCCAAUCAAAUUCGAAGCCUGGCUCCAGGACCUGCACCUCUACCUACUGAGCGACGCUAGGGAUGGUGUUUCGCUCUAUGAAUUAGCGACUGGUGCCUCCUCUACCCCACCAGCCUCAGCUGACACGAUGACUCGCUCACAGUGGCUUACCCGUGAUGCUGCUGCUCGCCUAGCCAUUUGCAACCAUCUGCCAGUAGCUGAAUGCGAGCAUUUUGACCAGGCAAAGACUGCUAAGACCCUGUACGACGCUGUAGUUGCACGCUACUCUUCCCCUGCCACUGCAGCGCUUAGUCGUCUCUUCCUGCCCUACCUUUUCCCUGACCUGUCCUCCUUCGCCACUGUAGACGACCUCCUCGCCCACCUUCGCGCUAUGGACGCUCGUUACCGUGCUGCCCUCCCUGCCGAGUUUCUCCCCAAGAACGAGCCCCCGAUCUACAUCACUCUCCACUUUAUAGUGACCCGCCUCCCUGACUCUCUUAGUGCAGUCCGGGACACCCUUCUCGCUCUCCCCCCCACAGACCUCACUAUCGACCUGCUAGGGAAGCACCUUCUUGCAGCUGAGGCUAACAUAGUCGAUGUAAGUGCUACCCGUGGCACCCCUCGCACAACCUUCUUUGAGGGGUGCUCCCCCUCCCCCUUUCCCCCUCUGUUGCCUCUGUCGCUGCUGUCGAAUUCCUUGGUGCUGAGAAGGUCGCAGCUGCUUCCGCUCCUAGUGGGAAGCGCCGCAGCGGCAAGGGCAAGGGAGGCAAGGGUGGUGGGAGUGGCGGCGGGGGUGGUGGUGGUGGAGGUGGUUGGGGUGGCGGAGGUGGUGGAGGUGGCGGUGGGAGUGGUGGAGCGAGUGGGGGCGUCGGCGGCGGAGGUGGCGGCGGCGGCAGGGGUGGUGGUGGCAGUGGUCGUGGUGGCAGUGGGAGCAGUGGUGGCGGGAGUGACAGCGGCGAGAGUGGUGGCAGCGGCGGCGGUGGUGAUCGCUCUGGCGCAGUUCAGCGGCAGCAGCAGCAGCGUCCGCGUGAGACCCUCUCGCCCCAGCAACUUUGUGAGUGGCUUGCUCAGCGUGCGGCGUCUAGGGGUGGUGGUAGUGGUCGCUGCUCGUACGUUAUUCGCACAGGUCCCCGCGCUGGUCACACCCAGCACCGCUACUGGUGUUGAUAUCUUUGCUCUUGACUUUGAUGCUAUCAUUGCUGGAAUGUAUGCUCUGUCUACUAGUGUUGAGGGUGACUGUUACCUGUGUGCGCCAUACGACCCUGGUAUAGAGGCUGCUGCAAUAGGUGCUAGUGAGUCUGCUCUCUCUGGUACUGCGCCUGCUGAGGCCUCGCACACCUUCACGCUUGACUCAGACUCUCUUUUGGCACCACCGCCUUGGUCACCCCUCCCUGCCACGCCUUCGUGGCAUGCACUCUCGCCUUCUGGUCUCUGGUCUUCCCAGGUCUCUGCCUUCCCUCCCACCCUCUGCAUUCCUUGCGUCGAGGGGCGGCAGCGCGCCGCUCCUCACUCCUCCUCGUUUCCCCCAACGACAGCCCCUCUGCAGACUCUCCACAUGGACGUGUGGGGCCCAGCCCGCGUCCAGGGACAGGGCCGCGAGCGAUACUUUCUGCUGGUUGUCGACGACUACUCGCGUUACAUCACGGUCUUCCCCUUGCACAGCAAGGGUGAGGUCCCUGCUGUUUUGAUCCCUUGGAUCCGAGCUGUCCGUCUCCAGCUCCGCGAGCGGUUCCGCACGGACCUUCCUGUCCUGCGUCUGCACUCUGACAAAGGUGGUGAGUUCUCCUCUGACCUCUUGAGGUCCUUUUGUGAGGAGGAGGGCAUUCACCAGUCGUUCACGCUUCCGGCCUCCCCACAGCAAAAUGGGAUUGCUGAGCGCCGCAUUGGCUUAGUCAUAGAGGUCGCUCGUACCUCCAUGAUCCAUGUGGCUGCUCCCCAUUUUCUGUGGCCGUUUGCAGUCCGGUACGCGGCGCAUCAGCUCAACCUCUGGCCCUGUGUCUCUUUGCCAGAGACCUCGCCUAUACUUCGUUGGAUGGGGGAGGUUAGCGAUGCGUCUCGGUUCCGGGUCUGGGGUUCCUGUGCCUUUGUCCGCGAUUCCACCGCGGGCAAGCUCUCCUCUUGCGCCAUUCCCUGCGUCUUCCUUGGCUUUCCCACUGACGCGCCUGGCUGGCAGUUUUACCACCCCACCUCGCGCCGUGUCUUCGCGUCUCAGGACGUCACGUUUGACGAGUCGGUUCCCUUCUACCGUCUCUUCCCCUACCGCACUACCCCUCUCCCCCCCCCCCCCCGCUGCUCUUCCUUGCUCCACGUCCCCCUCCGUAUCGAGUAA